UCCUUCCCCGUGGUCCCCAUCGAAAACAUCUGAAGGAGCCGUGUUCUUUAUACAUCCAUCUUUACCACUCCUCCGCGUGAUCCCAUACGACGCUUCUAGACAAGAAUUUCUUUCGGGAAAACUAAAAGCAAACAGCCAUGGGUGCAUCGGACAAGGAUCCCAGAGAGGAGGUUAUUCAAGCAUGGUAUAUGGAUGACAGUGAUGAGGACCAGAGAUUUCCUCAUCACAGAGAGCCAAAACAAUUUGUAUCACUGGACCAACUUGCUAAGCUUGGAGUACUCAGCUGGCGGUUGGAUGCGGAUAACUAUGAAACUGAUGAGGAAUUGAAGAAGAUCCGCGAAACUCGUGGUUACUCCUACAUGGACUUCUGCCAGGUUUGCCCAAAAAAACUGCCCAAUUAUGAAGAAAAAAUAAAAAAUUUUUUUGAAAAACAUCUUCACACUGAUGAAGAAAUCCGCUAUUGGGUUGCAGGAAGUGGUUAUUUUGAUGUUAGAGAUGAUAAUGACGCUUGGAUUCGUGUGUGGGUAAAGAAAGGAGGAAUGAUUGUCUUGCCUGCUGGAAUCUAUCACCGCUUUACAUUGGAUGCAGACACUACAUCAAGGUAUUCUAACUAUGUUCUUCGUACAAUCACUUGAAUUUAAAUUUGACAG